UUAAUAGAGUUUGCGUUGAACAUAUAAUUCUUGAGACAAAGCUCGGAUAAAUACAAUCAUGGAAACUAAUGAUGUUAAAAUUUUCCAUCAAUGUGACAUGUGUGAUGAGAUUUUUCAACAAUAUGCUGACUUAGAAAUCCACAAUAAACUACAUAUCAAAGAAGAGAAAACUGAUGAUGUAGAUGAAUGUUGUAAUGUUAAAGAAGAGAAAACUCCUGAUGCAGAUGAAUAUUGUCAUGUUAAAGAAGAUAAAACUGAAGAUAAUGAAACAUUUUAUCAAUGUAAUUUAUGUGAUCAGAAAUUUAAAUAUUACACAGAUUUAGAAAAACACUGUGAAAUACACGUUAAAGAAGAGGAGCCUGAUUUACAACAUUUCAGGGAUUGUGAUGAUAAAUGUAAAUCAAGAACUCGUGAGUGUGAUGUUUGUAAUAAAUCAUUCACUACUAAUAGUCAUCUACAACAACAUAUGAGAAUUCAUACUGGCGAAAAACCUUUUAAGUGCGAUGUUUGUGGUAAAUCGUUUACACAAAGUGGUCAUCUAAGGGAACACAUGAAAACUCAUACCAAACAGAAGCCACAUAAAUGUGAUGUUUGUAGUAAAUCAUUUACUCAGAAAGGCCAACUUCAAUCGCACAUGAGAAGUCAUAACGGAGAAAAACGUCAUGAAUGUGAUGUUUGUAGUAAAUCAUUUAAUAGUAACAUCGAUCGUGAUCGACAUAUGAGAAUUCAUACCGGGGAAAAACCUUAUAGAUGUGAUGUCUGUAGUAAAUCAUUCGCUGUGAAAUGCCAGCUUCAAUCACACACAAGAACCCAUACUGGCGAAAAGCCAUUUAAAUGCAGCUUUUGUUACAAAUCAUUCAGUCAGAAUUUUAGUCUACGAAAACAUAUGAGAAUUCAUACAGGCGACAAACCUUAUAAAUGUGAUGUUUGUGGUAAAUCAUUUACUCAUAAACAUCAGUUUACAAAACACCAAGAUCUAGACUGUAAAGAUGAAGUUGCCAGUCGAUAUCAGUGUAGUUUCUGUGAUAAAAUCUAUGGAUCUCAUAUUCGGUAUCAGAAGCACCUCAUCACCAAUCAUAAAUGUGAUGGUUGUGGUAAAUAUUUUAAAGAUGGAGAUUUACAGGAACACAGGAAAAUUCACAGGACAGAAAAUGCGUUUAAAUGCGAUUUAUGUGAGGAAGGUUUUGAGUGGAAGAGUGAUUUAUUAAAUCAUAUUUCAGUUCAUAAAUAUAAGGCUAAACAAUCUUUAAAUAAAGAUUUACACGCAAAUGUUCCAUACAAAUAUAUAUGUAUUGAACAGAAGAAAUGAAUUUUGAAUUUUCCAAUUUCAACAAUGUACAAUGAAAUAAAAAUGUGGUUUAACACCCUACACCAUGCAGUGUGCUGUUAGGAAAAUUUUAUCCAGAAGGCAACUGAAUUCCUACUUUCAAGGGUUUUUGUACCUGCAUACUAAGGGACCUCACUUCAUUACAUGUGAUAACACACUGUAUGGCAUAUGCCCGUCUUCAUUAGCCCAGUCGGAGCAGAACAGUAGGACGUUAAACGACAUUCAUUUCCUACUUUUCUGCUCCUACUGGGCUAAUGAAGACAGGUAUACACCUUACAGUGUGCUACGGCCUACUCUUACAUCAAAUACUAACUGCCAAUGGAUCUUUUACGUGCAUACCAAUGUGUCUGAAUGUGUACACAGGACUUUUCUUUUUCAUCCAUCUGAACAACUAGAACUUCACUGAGAGGGAAGACAUUGGGCCUGGUAAAUUAGAUCUCAAUAUUAAAUAUACAUUAUGCAAGAGCUAAUUGUAUCUAUUGCAGGUCUUUCUUUAGGCCUGAAAUGUUAUCUAAAUUAUUAAUUAGACAUUAAUUAACUCAUCCAGACCAUAAUCAACUCUCGAUGUCAUCACUAGCCUGCGAUAUUUAUUGGAUUAUGAUCCAAUUUGCUACUCAACUUUCAUUCAUGUUUUAAUCAUGAAAUGGAUAAUCGAGACUAUGUUCUUUAUCAUGCCGACUUUAGUAAUGAUGAUUGUGGCUAGGCCGAAAAAUGAAUCGCUAAAUUCUUGGUUCAGAGUGGAUCAAUUUGACUGAAAUUUAACUAGUUUUGAACUAUUAUAGUGAGAACUACCAGCUCUUUUUUUCUAA